AUGGCACUAUUCAAGCGCAAGGCUUGUGACCCUGUUCCCGCGCCCGAACACAAGAGGUUUCGUCCUGAAUCUACGAAUGAAAUCAAGUAUGGUAUCGUCCUACGAAAGUACUAUCCCUCAGAAAUGAUCAACGAGAGAGCUCGCGAAUAUGGUUUUGGAAAGAUUGAACGGCCCAUCGAAUCAUUGGUAAAAGCCACCCAUGAAACGCAAAUUGAACGUGACGGAAUACUGGUCGGAAAGUCAGUCAUACAUUGGUUCAAGUGUGACACCCGCAUCAUGGACAAUAAAGCGCUUCACAUUGCAAGUGAGAAAUCCAGGAUGCACGGCGUGCCAUUGAUCUGCCUAUAUCUGGUUUCGCCCCAGGACUUUGAAGCGCAUCUCACCGCGCCAGUCCGUGUUGAUUUUAUCCUUCGUAACUUGCAGAUACUCAAGGACGACCUAGCAACAUUAAACAUUCCCCUGUAUGUCGAGCUCAUCGAGAAGAGGCGUAACCUGCCAAACAGACUUAUGGACUUGUGCGGCAGUUGGGGCGCCAACCACGUAUUCUGCAAUGCUGAAUAUGAGGUGGACGAAUUAAGGAGAGAGGCGAUGUUGACCAGAACAUGCCUCUCAAGGGGCGUCUCCUUCAAUGUUGUUCAUGAUACCUGUGUUGUUGAACCUGGCAAAUUGUCAACAGGUGCUGGUGGUCAAAUGUCAGUGUACAGUCCAUGGCAUCGGAAGUGGUGUGCGUUUCUCAACCAGCAUCCAGAGCAGCUGGAGCUUUCUCCACCACCAGCGCCCAAUCCUGCGACCACAAGAGACAUGUAUUCAGAGCUGUUCACGUGCAUGAUUCCCGAGGCGCCCGUAUCCAAGCGAUUGUCUGAAGAAGAGAAGGCAAAAUUUCAUGUCAUGUGGCCAGCUGGAGAGCACGAGGCCCUGGAUCGAUUAGAAAGGUUCAUCCAACAACGCGUCAACCUUUAUCACGACAACAGAAACACUCCUUCUGCCAACGGGACAUCAAACCUGAGUGCGCAUCUUGCCGCAGGCACGAUCGCGGCGCGGACUGUUGUCAGAGCAGCACGGGAUGCUGCUCCAAACAAAAAGUUGACCGACGACCGUAAACAGGGCCACUCAAUGUGGAUCGGCGAGGUGGCGUGGCGAGACUUUUACCGGCACGUUCUGUGCCACUGGCCCUAUAUCUGCAUGAACAAACCAUUCAAACCCGAAUACAGCAACAUUGAGUGGGAGUAUGACUUGGACCAGUUCAGAAAAUGGACAGACGGCCAGACGGGAUUCCCCAUCAUAGACGCAGCGAUGCGACAAGUCGCUCAGACCGCAUAUAUGCACAACAGGUGUCGCAUGAUUGUAGCCUCGUUCCUGGCCAAGGACUUGUUGAUCGACUGGCGGAUGGGUGAGCGAUAUUUCAUGGAGCACCUCAUUGAUGGUGACUUUGCCUCCAACAACGGCGGUUGGGGGUUCAGUGCCAGCGUCGGGGUUGACCCGCAGCCGUACUUUCGAAUUUUCAAUCCAUUGCUUCAAAGCGAGAAGUUCGAUCCGCAGGGAGACUAUAUCCGCAAAUGGAUUCCUGAGCUGGCUGAAAUCACGGACAGUAAAGCAAUCCAUGACCCCUACGGCCGUGGUUUUGGACAGGUUGCCAGGAAGAAUGGAUACCCGAGACCGAUGGUUGAUCAUAAAAUCUCGAGAGACAGAGCGCUGGCGCGGUAUAAGGCAGGCAUCGGGAGGGAGACAGCUUGA